GGACCCUGGAGGACCCUGUGUAGCAUUUUCUGUUUCACGGAAACAUGGCUGCACGCGCUCGUUCCGGAUAAGACCGUGGAAAUUCCUGGAUAUUCUCUGGUGUGGGAGGACAGAGACUUCUCCAAGAGUGGGAAGAGUAAGGGUGGCGGGAUUGCUCUCUAUGUGAGUCAGAGGUGGUGCAAUCCCGGCUAUAUUAACGUUAAGGAGAAGAUCUGUACCCCGGACAUUGAACUUCUGGCUGUGGGACUACGUCCGUAUUAUCUGCCGAGGGAGUUUACGUUAGUCAUAAUGGUCGUGGUUUACAUUCCCCCAUCAGCUGUUGCAGCGGCGGCUGGUGAUGUCAUCAACUCGACCGUGGCAAAACUUCAAACUCAACACCCGGACGCUUUUUUGGCCAUCACUGGUGACUUUAACCAUGCCCCACUGGACAAAACCUUUAACAACUUUCAGCAGUAUAUGGACUGUCUCACCCGGGAUAAUAAAACACUGGAUCUCCUAUAUGCUAAUGCUAAGGAUGCAUACAGCGCCUCAGCCCUUCCCCCCCUUGGACGGUCAGACCAUAACUUGGUCAGACUGUCUCCCAGGUAUGUUCCUCUAGUGAGGAGGCAGCCCGUGCACACCAGGACGAUGAGGAGGUGGUCGCCGGAAGCUGCAGAGGCACUGCAGGACUGCUUUGGGUCGACGAACUGGGAGGCACUCUGUGAGCCUCAUGGGGAGGACAUUGAUACCAUGACCAACUGCAUUACAGAUUACAUUAGGUUCUGUGAGGACACUGUCACGUGUACACGGACCGUACGCUGCUUCCCUAAAAACAAACCUUGGAUUACAAGUGAUCUGAAGGCACUUCUAAAUAAAAAGAAGAUGACUUUCAGGGUUGGAGACAGAGAUGAGCAAAGGAGAGUGCGGCGUGAACUCAAGGAGACACUGAGGAAAUGCAGGGACAACUACAGGAGGAAGCUUGAGUCCAAACUUGAGCAGAAUUGUGUGAAAGAUGUGUGGACGGGUUUAAAACUCAUCAUUGGGUUGAAGGGGAAGGACACACUGAUGGCAGGGAGUCUGGAGAGGGCAAACCAGUUUAACCAGUUUUUUAACAGGUUUAGCUCACCCACGGCUACUCCCCUGUUGCCUCCAUCUCCCCACACAUCCACAUCGUCUCAAGUUGCUCUACACACCUUUCAGCUUUCUCCUGCACGACCCCCCUCCAUCUGCCCACCCUCUCCCUCCUCCUACUCUCUCACCUCCUCCCCCUCCUUCUCCACAGACAAUAACACCAACCCUCAACUACUGGUGACCGCUGGCCAGGUUAAGAGGCAGCUUGAAAGACUUCACCAGGGGAAGGCGGCAGGCCCGGACAGCAUUACACCAAGGGUCUUGAGGACCUGCGCCAGUCAGCUGUCUCCUGUACAACCUGAGCUUGAGUCUGCAGAGGGUCCCGUUGCUAUGGAAGACGUCACACAUAGUUCCUGUGCCCAAGAAGGCGAGACCGUCAGACCCAGAGGACUACAGACCUGUUGCUCUAACAUCUCAUGUGAUGAAGGUUAUGGAGAGACUGAUCCUUGCCAAGCUGAGGCCUAGGGUGAUGACGUUUUUGGACCCUCUACAAUUUGCCUACCAGCCGCACUUAGGAGUUGAUGAUGCUGUCAUCUUCCUGCUGCAACGAGCCCACAUGCACCUGGAUGGUGGAGGAGACACGGUGAGAAUCACAUUUUUUGAUUUCUCGAGUGCCUUCAACACUGUCCAGCCUCUGCUAUUGGGUGAGAAGCUGCGGGGGAUGAGUGUCUGUGAUCUCCUGGGUUAUUGACUACCUGACUGGCAGGCCACAGUUUGUCCGUCUGGGCAGUGUCUUGUCUGGUGGGGUGGUCAGUGAUGUCGGAGCUCCGCAGGGAACUGUGCUCUCUCCUUUUCUCUUUACUCUGUACACCACUGAUUUUCAGUACAAUUCUGAGUCAUGUCAUCUCUGUAGUCAUCGGAAAACUUCUGUAAGUUUUCCGAUGACUCGGCGAUUGUCGGGUGUGUGAGAGGUGGAGAGGAGGGGGAGUACAGGACACUGGUGGACGGCUUUGUGGAGUGGUCUGACAGGAAUCACCUGAGGCUUAACAUCAGUAAGACCAGAGAGAUGGUGAUCGACUUCAGGAGGAGGAAGACGCCUUCACAGCCACUGAGGAUUAAGGGGGAGGUGGUGGAGGAGGUGGAGGACUAUAAAUAUUUGGGAGUGGUGAUCGGCAACAGU